AGGAUAAGCGCGGACAAAGGAAACAUGGGCGCAUCUAAGAAGUAUCCGUGCGCUUCAAUAGAAUGGACAAUUAGUCCAUUGUGCACAUAAAUGGAAAACCAAUUAGUUGCAUUUAAUGCUGAAGUGGGAGGCAAGGUACUGCAAACUGAAAAGGCGGAGUGUUGUUUUUAAUCCGUCUGCGGAUCCUAUGAUCUUGCGAUGGCUGUUGCAGGGAUAUGUGAUUGCCUAGGAAGAAAAGUGCCUCUUUCUUUUUUGGUAUUUUUGUUAUUUUGUGGCCUUGCUUUUGGACAAAUACGAUAUUCCGUCCCAGAGGAAUCUGAGAGUGGAACGAUUGUAGGUGAAAUUGCACAGGAUUUGGGAUUGGAUAUGCGAAAGCUCUCCACCCGAAAGAUUAAGGUAACAUCUAACAGUGGUAAAAGGUACGUGGAUUACAAGAAUGGGAAAUUAUUGGUGAACGAGAGAAUUGACAGAGAGACACUGUGUGAUGCGAGCACCCCGUGCAUUUUGAAUCUAGAGGUUCUGCUUGAAAAUCCGCCUGAAGAUCAUAAUGUCGAGGUGGAGGUAACAGACGUGAAUGAUAAUACGCCGCAGUUCCCCAGAGACGAGUAUCAGUUGGAAAUUACUGAGUCGGCUUUGCCAGGCUCUCGUUUUCCAAUCGAGCACGCGCAAGAUCCGGACAUCGGCCCCAAUUCGGUCCGAUUAUACCGACUCAGCCCAAACGAGCAUUUCGCUCUUGAUUCCAACAAACCAUCGUUGAAUACCAAGCACAUCGAGCUCGUUCUCAAAAAGCCCUUGGACCGCGAGCUCGCCCCUUACCAUCAACUAAUCCUGACAGCGACAGACGGUGGCACACCAGCACGAACAGGUACCACAAAAAUUAACGUACGCGUAUUAGAUUCGAAUGACAAUAACCCUUUGUUUGACAGUUCAGUAUAUAAAGUGAAAUUGCUCGAAAAUUCGCCAAAAGACACCCUGGUUAUCAAACUGAAUGCCACGGAUCGAGAUGAGGGAACAAACGGGGAGGUGCUUUAUUCAUUUAGCAGUUACACCCCUGACAGGGUCAGGCAAAUGUUCAGCAUGGACACUAACACUGGAGAAAUCCGAGUGAGGAGCAAUGUGGACUAUGAGGACACCAAUUCGCAUGAAAUGUAUAUUCAGGCCAUGGACAAAGGUCCCGCUCCAGUGGCAGCCCAUUGCAAAGUGGUUGUGGAGGUUGUAGACAUGAAUGACAAUGUGCCCGAGAUUGUGCUCUCUUCUUUGUCCAGUCCAGUGCGUGAAGAUGCCCGUGCGGACACAGUGGUGGCCCUAAUCAGCGUUACAGACCGGGACUCGGGCCCAAAUAAACAGGUGACCCUUGAAAUCCCACCUGGCCUCCCUUUCAAAAUCAAGUCCUUUAGAAAUUACUACACUUUGGUGACCUCUGCCUUCCUUGACCGUGAGACCACAGCAGCCUAUAAUGUCACACUCAGUGCCACCGAUGGCGGUAAUCCUUCCCUUUCUUCUCAGAAAACCAUUCAGGUGGAUGUCGCUGAUGUAAAUGACAACCCUCCACGAUUUGAGCAGACGUCCUACACUGUGUAUGUCAUGGAGAACAAUGCACCUGGAGCCUCGCUCUGCACAGUCAAGGCUCAGGACUCAGAUGUCAAUGAAAAUGCUCGCAUCACUUACACAGUGCUCAAUGACAACAAUCAUGGCAUCCCUGUCACCUCUUAUGUGUCAGUAAAAGCAGACACUGGUGUUGCCUAUGCCCUUCGCUCCUUUGACUAUGAGUCAUUACGGGAGUUUCACUUCCAGGUUAAAGCUCAGGAUGGAGGUAUCCCACCACUUAGCCGUGUUGCCACUGUCUACAUCUACAUAAUGGAUAAUAAUGACCACCCGCCUGAGAUUGUGAGUCCCCCAGCCAAUGGUACGCGCUCAACAGAGACAGUGCUAAAAAAUGCAGAGCCGGGUACACUGAUCACAAAAGUGGUGGCCUAUGAUGCCGAUGCAGGUCAGAACGCAUGGGUCAUUUAUCUGCUGGACCAGGCCAGUGAUCCGGACCUAUUUAAAGUGCACGAGCACACAGGAGAGAUUCGCACCACUCGGCGUGUCUUAGAAGACAACUCUACUUCCUUUAGCCUUACUGUAUUAGUGAAGGACCAUGGUGAACCAUCCUUGUCAUCAACCGCCACCAUCAAUGUUGCCGUCAUGGAGGUUCCACCCAAAGUCAUGCCUGACCCCAAACGAAUAAUUCGCCCACACAGCACACUUUUGUUUUCCAACGUGACUUUGUACCUCAUCGUGGCCUUGAGUGCCACCACCUUUGUGUUCCUGGUGACAGUGGUUGUGCUGGCUAUUGUGCGUUGCCAUGCCUACUGCACUCAACCUGGGUCCUGCUCACCCUGCUGUGUGUCCCAGAAGGCCCAAGUAGAGGGUGGAUCUGGAGGUGGAGGGGGAGGAGGAGGUGGGGUUGGUGGCUCUCAGCCCAAUAGCAACGUUGCGCUCCGCCGAGACCUUAAGGUUGAGCCCCAUUAUAUUGAGGUCCGUGGUAAUGGCUCCCUGACCAAGACCUAUUGCUACAAGACCUGUAUGACCGCUACGUCAGGCAGUGACACCUUCAUGUUCUACAACACAGGCCGACCCAUCAGUGGCACCUGGGGCUCCGAGCGCUUUUUUACAGGAGGUAGCGGAUUAGUUCGCAGGCUCAGUAUGCCAGAUGCAGCACUACAGCCCAAAGGGCCAAAUGCUGACUGGCGUUACUCUGCGUCGUUGAGGGCAGGAGUGCAGAGUUCUGUGCAUAUGGAGGAGGCAUCAGCUGUGAUGCAGGGAGCUCAAGGCAUGCUUGUCCAGAACUGGCCCACGGUCUCCAGUGCUGCAGAUGGGGAGGGAGAGGGACAGCUGUCCCCUCCUGUUGGAGCCGGAAUCAACAGUAACAGCUGGAGUUUCAACUAUGGAGCCGGCCCCGGCUAUGGCCCUCCACAAGCCCUGAAGCCAGGCGAGAUCCCCCCUGAAGCCUUCAUAAUUCCUGGCUCUCCUGCCAUCAUCUCCAUCCGACAGGACCCAGGUGCCGUUGAUGAUAAGGGUGAGUUCAUCACCUUUGGAAAGAAAGAGGAGUCCAAGAAGAAGAAAAAGAAGAAAAAGGAAAAGAAAGACAAGAAGGAUAAAGGAAAAGAGGAUGGGGAUGAGUAAUGAAGAAAAAUUCGAAUAAAAUAUUAGAGCUAUCAACUUGUGGCAAAGGUUGACAGAAAGAGAAAGCCAAAAAUUUUGAAAAGAGAGGAGUAAUUUCUUUCAGUGGAUCUCACCACCCAAUUAAUAAAUCUACAAUGUCCAGUCCUGGGCAGAACAGGGUUUGUGCCCUAUUCACGAACUUACAAACCACAAAUUAAACCUGCAAACAUGUCUCCAUGAAUUUGAUUGGCUAUUUUCCUAGUUUUGACCCUGACUUGGUGCAAAAAAGCACUCCAGUCUGCAAAAUGUUAACCAAACAUACUUAUACCUUUGCAAAUCUUCCUCUUUGAAAAGGAUUUAACAAAGUUCCAGUUAAGCUGGAUAUGAACUCACAUGCCAUACCAAGAGCAGCAUUGUUCUCUGACUCCAUCCCUACCUCCCUCACUCAACUUUCAGAGGCGAGAAAACAACCACUCUUCACCUCAUCUUAUACCUUGAUAUGCUACAAACAACGCUGUUUCAGAAAAAGACAAAAAUCGAACUGCAAAUUUUUCUGAGCUGGACACAGAUUAUGUGUGUGCAAAAAGACCACUCUCCAAUUGCUAAUACAGAAUAUCUAAAGUAAACAUCUUCAGAGAUGGAUAUGUAGCAGGUUACUCCAAGACAAUUGCUUUCACUAACAAAAUGUCCUAGAACAGGGCAUAGAGAUUGCUAACACCCACAUCUAUCUUGCUGAAAUCUCAAAACUCAUGCUGAAAUCUUAAAAAAAAAAUGCUUUAGCCAGUAUAUUUUAUAAGAGCAAAUAAAUAUCUGCUUAUACAAUACAAAAAGCAUGCACACAUGUGUUUACAAAUUUGUACACACACAAGGAUGUCCAUACAGCUAAAGAGAUAAAACACUUUUUGAGAGUUUCUUGAUCUCUAAUGCAUAACACACUCAGAAAAGCCUAAUGUAAGGCUACUGGCUGUUCACACCCUCUACAUCUAAGGCCAACACAGGACUGAAGCACAGUAUUCUGUCAGACUCAAAAAAAAGAACAGUAGAAUAGAUGCUUUGAUGCUUCUUUCCAAAAUACACCUACCCACCUUGCUGCUGUUUUGAAUGUUUGAUUGGUCCCACUUCCUGCCGGCUUUUUGUCUCAGUCCAGCUAUUUGCUCUUACCCACUGCUUGUAAAUUCUGCUAAUCUGUUGCUAACCUCCUUUACCCACUGCUGUGUACUGGCCUAAGUCAGUACUUCCCCCUGGUGGUUCGUAUUGUACAAUGCGACAUAAAGGACCAGAAAAGUCUUGUGCUUGAAUCACAAAUCAAGGAAUAGUUCAACAACAAUGAACAUUCUGUCAUCAUUCAGUCACCAUUCUAGAUGCAAUGAUAGUGAAUGGUGACUGAUGGUAAUAUUUAGCAAAAUGUCUCCAUUUGUGUUCAACGGAAGAAAGAAAGUCAUACAAGUUUGGAACAACAUGAGGGUAGAUGACAGAAUGAUCACUUUUGGGUAAACUAUUAUUUGAUAGUUGUCAUAGUUGAAUCAAGCCUGUACAAUGCAAAUGGCUUUACACUCCUAGACCACACUUCUCCUGGAAAAUAGAAGCACAUGUACUGGCCUCUACAUACACACACAAACUCUGACACACCAAUUUUGCUCUCACAGCAGUGGAAACACCACAGUCUAUGCAGCCAUGCUUGUGGAUAUGGCUUUGCUUCAGAAUUAUGGUGCUUUCUAAGGUAAAGAUGGAGGGUGAAAGGAGAUUAGACUGGGACUGGAAGGACUACAUUUAUUGGCAGUACAGAGUUUUUCUACUGUAUAUAGUGUUUGAUUAACAUUCUGACAUACUUUAGUUUUUUUUUAGUUUUUUUAGAGGGAGCACAUCUUUUCCUUCUGUCUUGUCUGUAGAGAUGCUGUUAGGUAAAGGAGAGAUGUUUGUGCUGCUAUGAGGCUGCAUCAUCACAAGCACACACCCACUCUCACUCAAGUCUCUUUCAGGUGUGGUUCAGUGCUGUCAGAUCACAAAGUGACUGUUUGCAUGUUAAACACAGUUAAAACUGAAACUAUAUAUAUAUAGAUAUACGUAAAUUAACAAAUAUGUUUUUCAUAAAGAUUUUCUUGUCAUUUAUGAAGAAAUCUGGGACUUGUAUUGUCUCUUGAAAUAUGUGGACAUAAAUCAGAUUAUUCCCUCAGACAUACAUGAACAUAUAUUGAUAAUAUACACUCACAUAGAGAAAGAGAAACAGACAGCGCAUAAAAAGAACACACGGGAACCAUGUCAGCCCUGUGUCAUUUGACGUUGACAUUAACAUUCUAGGUAUGUGUAAUUCUGUAGUGUUAUUGUCUAAUGCUCUUUUGUUUUAUAAUUUGUGCAACUUGAAAGGAUCAAACCUUCGUUUUGUGCUAGGCUUUGAAAUCAAUAACACCGUAAUGUGAAACCAAUCCAUACAUUCAUAUAAUAUAAACACCUACCUUAAAAAAAAUUUAAAAAUAAAAAUGAUAAAAAAAAGGGUCUAUGUAUUCUUCCUGUGUGUAGUAAUUAUCUAUAAAUUCAUCCAGUGCCAAAGUGGCAUGAUGCUUUUGACUUUGCAAAUCUGUUUGACAAAAACUUUUGUACACCUGCUCAUCAGUGUAAUGGUGUUUAUUAUUUUAUAUUACUUUAUACAAUCUGGUAAUGUGUUUUGUUUAUAAAUCACAAAUAAAGGUUUCUUUCA